AUGCGUCUCGUUUCACGCACCUUUGCCGCUGCCGCCUUCGUGGCUGGCAAUGCCGCCGCUGUCUCCAUCCCCGCCUCUAUGGCCAUCGUCUUCAAGGGCCCUUUUGUUGCCGAAGCCGAUGGCAUGACCAACAUUCACAUUGACUUCGCCCGCCCCAUCGAUGGAGAACUCUCUGUCCACUACGGUUCUUGCGAGAUGGUCAGUCCGUACGAGGCACACCACCGUGUCGGCAGAACGCACGUGGGAGACCACCCGCUGGCCAAGAGGAAUCUGGGCUGGGACGACUACCGCCCCACUCGCUUCGUCUGGCUUCCUCCUGCCGACAUCCAGUCCGGCGGCUGUCUGCACGCUUUCGCCGGAGACGAGCUUGUUGGAAGGUCAGACGCUUUCACCGUCCGCAGAAGGAAAGCUCGCAGAAGCACCUCUUUCGCCGACAUUGCCGAUCCCAUGGGCCCUUGGUUCGACGGUGUCGAGUAUUUGAAAGAGAAGGAGCCUGACUCAGCUUUCGUGGCUGAAGCGAAGGGCAAGAGCGUGGGAAUCAUUGGCGGUGGCAUGUCUGGCCUGAUGACUGCCUACCUCCUCGAGUCCGUUGGCAUCACCAACUGGAAGAUCAUUGAGGCCAGUGAGCGCAUUGGUGGUCGUGUCCACACCUCUUACCUGAAUGGCACUGCACCUGAGGAUUAUCAAUACCAAGAAAUGGGUCCUAUGCGGUUCCCUGUCAGCCUGACCAACGCCACGACCAACGAUACCAUCCAGAUCAUGGACCACCGCAUGGUCUUCCAGCUGGCCGACACGCUGAAUGAGAUGAAUGGCCACGAUCCCGCCUGGUCCGUCGACUUCAUCAAGUGGAUUCAGAAGAGCGCCAACGAUCCAGCUGCUACCGCUGAUGCCACUCUCUCCUACUCCAACGUCACCGCUGUAGAGAACGCCCUCGAGGCCAUCGACGAGUGGGACGCACUGACCUGGGAGAAGAUGCGAGAGAUCGCCACCAACGUCUUCGAUGCACACAAGAAGGCCGUGGCCGAGGGCUACUUCGAUUUCUCCGAGGCAGGCUACCUGCGCUACAAGCUUCAAACUGAUGUUAACAUCACGGAUGAGGCCGUCUCCACAGCGAGCAACAACCCGGAGUGGCUAUAUGACUCGGUUUAUUUCAGUGCCACCGAGUGGCGGACCAUCGACAAGGGUCUCAGCCGGUUGCCCAAGGCAUUCACGCCGCUUGUCGCCAACCGCACCCUCUUCGGCAAGCGGGUCGAGCAGCUCUCGUACGAUGAGGCGACGCAGAAGAUGACCGUGUCGUGGCGGCCCGACGGGCCCUGGGGCGCUACGCUCGACGGGCUCGAGUUCGACUACGCCGUUGUCGCCGUGCCCUUCUCCAAGGUGCGCCUGUGGCAGCUGCCGAGCUACUCUGGCCUUCUCACCCGGGCGAUCAAGACGCUUGAGUAUGAGCAAUCAUGUAAGGUCGCACUGCACUACGACACGCGCUUCUGGGAGCAUCUUUCACCCCCCAUCGUCGGCGGCUGCGGCAGCACCGAUAUCCCCGGCAUCGGCAGCAUCUGCUACCCCUCCUACCAGAUCAACAGCACCGGGCCUGGCGUGCUCCUCGCCUCCUACCAGUCCGGCACGCUUGCACGCACCCUCGGCAGCAUGACCGAAGACGAGCACGUCGCCUACGCCGUGCGCGCCAUGGCCGCUGUCCACGGCGACGCCGCCACCGAGCACUUCACCGGUGCCUACGACCGCAUCUGCUGGGAGGCAGAUCACUUCCAGGCCGGCGCGUGGGCCUCGCCGCUCGUCGGCCAGCAGGAGCUCUACCUGCCCGCCUACUACCACACCGAGCACCACACCGUCUUCGUCGGCGAGCACACCUCCUUCACCCACGCCUGGAUCUUCUCCGCCCUCGAGAGCGCCGUGCGCGGCUCUGCUCAGCUGCUACUCGACAUGGGCCUCGUUGACGAGGCCAAGCAGGUCACCGAGACGUGGAUGGCGAGGUGGAUCCAUGUCUAA